GUUUUGGAAUAGCACUAAAAUGUUUUUACUAAGGACGCUUAGGAAACAAAUCAUUUGUGUCACGUACAUGGAUGCUAUUACUUCGAGGCGUACAGUCUGGCUGACAGCAUGAAAUUCCCUUACCCAUCUUAACUAAGAAAUUUUCGAUCAAGCUGACGUGCUGGGGAACUUCGGCAGCGUCGAGAUCCGAAUGUGAGAUUCGAAGUAUUUCCAUGAGCGUCGUCACCUUUUACUGAUACCCACUUGGUCGUACUGCUCCGAAUAUCGUUCGAUUACAUUGGAUGGCUGAAACUGUGAGCAUAAGUUGCUUUCGAUUCUAGCGAUUGACAGUCGCGUAAAUUAAGACAACGGCCAUUCAUCAGCUACACACACGAUAUAUCAAGCAUAUACUGUGCUUUUCAGCUCAAAACUCGAAGGUCGGCUAUCAAAAAUGGAUUAACCAGUUGCCAUGAGAAGCAACAGCCAAUUUAAUGUGCCUCUCAAGUAUGACGAAGCUACAGCUGAAGCUAAAUCAAGGUUGCUCGCAAGGCGGAAAAAAUAUUCGCAAACCAAAGUUCCAACAGUGCAAUUGGACGAUUCAACCAAAUCGAGGACCUCGACGAAUGUGUACCGGAAGGAAAGUACUCGAUUGAACCGCAACCUCUCAAACACCAGCAGUUCACUUUCUCCAACUCAAUUUACUGGCUCAGCUGGUUCCAGCAGCUUAUCCAUCGACCCUUCAGAUAGGCUUCAUUCAGGAAUUAUACAGAGAGCCUUCUCUGCCUCACCGUCGAAAAAUUCCCCUAGUAAUUCUUGUGAGAAUACCGCCCAGCCUUUGGUCUCGGCCUCCUCACUAGAUGGGGUCAGUAUGAGAAAUUCGACUCAUUCCACCAGCGCUCUUAGGGUACCCAUGUUGUAUCAGCGUCACUCAUUUAAAUCUCCACCUCAGAGUCCACCUUUGCGUAACGCCAUGACAUCAGCUCCGCUGACCGGGCGCUGGUUAAAGACAGCUACUUCCGAGGAUCCAACACGCUCCGCUACCAGUUUGAUGCAGCAGCGUUCCGUCGAAUCCCACGAAUCCUCCGUCAGUAUGCCAAGUGCAUGUAGCUCUGGAAGCGGAAGUGUUUUUUGGUGCAGGAAAGGAAUUGCUAGGUUAUCAUUUAAGAAGCACCAACCGUCAACUUUCGAAGAUGAGCCUGCAAACAAGAAUAUGGUACCUGUCAGUCCUGCUGGUGUGUACACCACACACCGAAGAUCAAGUUAUGAGAUGGCGACCGGUAAGCUGAAGAUCCCCGAACCAAAAAUAAAAAGAAGCCCCUUGAAGAAUGCCCUCCAUGCGCUGAAGGACAAGGUUAGUUCUAUGUGCAUAUUGACCUGA